AUGGCCGCUGUGGAGAAGCCAGUAUCCUUUGAUGCGCACGGGGUAUCACCUGCGCACCUUGCCGCGAUACCAAAACAGAAGGCACAGCACAUCAACAUUCUACUCACCUCUUUCGCCGGCCUGGGAUUACCACGAACACUAGCACUUCCUAUCGCCGCCAGCACACCCAUCAGCGAUGUCGUCAAGACGAUCCUGGCCCGCCUACCUACCUUCGACCACCCACUAGUCAUCACCACUACCUCCAACAAGCAGCUCCUCGCUUCCGACACCGCACCAGUCUCCUCACUGUUGUCAGAUAACACAGACUCCUUCUUGCCAUGCAGAUUGAGCGCCCGACUGUGCGGCGGCAAAGGCGGCUUCGGCUCUCAGCUCCGUGCCGCAGGUGGCCGCAUGAGUAGCCGCAAGAACCGCAACGGACAACAAGCCAACCCUAAUGGCUCGAACCGAAACCUCGACGGUCGCCGCCUGCGGACAGUGGAUGAGGCCAAGCGGCUCGCAGAUUAUCUGGCCAUCAAGCCGGAAAUGGAGAAGCGGGAGAAGGAAGAACGGAAGCAGCGGUGGGAGGCUGUUGUCGCCGCAGCGGAGAAGAGGGAGGGGGAGAUCAAGUCCGGCAAAAGUGGAGCUAAUCAAGGCAGGCUGGAUGCGGAGUAUGUCGAGGGCAAGGAGAUGGCGGAGGAGAAGACGAGGGAGGCUGUGCUGAAGGCUAUGAGGGAGGGUAAUAUGGAGCUGGAAAGGACGGGUUCGGAAAGCUCGGCUGCGGACGAAGAAGAAAGCGACGAUGCGGAGAUGGGUGGUGAGUCUUCGGGCUCGGAUGAGCAAGGUCAGGUGUCAAAGCAAGGCGCUAGUGGUCCAACCUUCUUUGGCUGGGAUGAAGAUGAUGACGAUGAGGAGGACGACCUACAACCAGAGGCGGGCAGCGGAGCUGCUCCUCAGCCUGCAUCGUUAUCAGCGCAAUUCGCAGGCAAAGGGAAAGGAAGAGCGACCUGA